AUGGCGAACGCCAGAGCCAACACCAAAGGAUCUCAGUUCUUCAUUUGCACCGUGAAGACCGAUUGGCUCGAUGGUAAGCAUGUGGUGUUUCGGCAGGUUGUGGAAGGGUUAGACGUCGUCAAGGUCAUCGAGAAGGUCGCCAUCAAAGUAGGUGUUGUCGCCGAUUGUGUCAAAAAUCAAAUUAUUCACUCCGAAACUGGAGGAGACUUCACAGCCGGGAACAGAACAGGCGGCGAGUCGAUCUACGGGGCCAAGUUCGAUGACCAGAAUUUUGAGAGGAAGCACACGGGACCAGGAAUCCUGUCGAUGGCGAACGCCAGAGCCAACACCAAAGGAUCUCAGUUCUUCAUUUGCACCGUGAAGACCGAUUGGCUCGAUGGUAAGCAUGUGGUGUUUCGGCAGGUUGUGGAAGGGUUAGACGUCGUCAAGGUCAUCGAGAAGGUCGCCAUCAAAGUAGGUGUUGUCGCCGAUUGUGGAUAA